UGAAGCCUUUUUUACAGAUAACAUGUUAAAAAAAGGAAAGAAACUGGUCUUGCACACAGAAUAGGUCCUCAAGUAUGUAAGGAACUGUGUUCAUGUGGGCAAGCCUCAGCAAAUUCAUUGCUUUAGGUCAUGAGAAAUGCUUAUGCCGGUGGUACUCUGGUGAGGAAGAUGCAGAAGCAGUGGCUAACAGGUCCCAGGGAGCGUGGAAGGUAGCCACGUUUCUGAUGGCAGCCAGACGAAGCAUUGCGGGUUAUCUGGUGUUGAAACCAGGUGGAGCGCUCAGUCGUCUAAAGGGCCGAAAACGUAUGUGGUUCGUAUUGGAUGAAAACAAAUGCAGACUUCUGUACUAUAAAAGCGAAGGUGAUGCCCGGUCCAAAGACCCCCUUGGGGUUAUCGACAUUAGAGGUUCUGCCAUUUCACUGGCUUUGGAGGAGGACAACCAGUUUGUUGUACACUCCAACGGCCGAGAACAUGCACUGGUGGCAGAAGAUCAUGAAUCCAUGAUGUUAUGGAUCCUUGCUUUACAGGCUCGUCAGGAUCGGGCUCCGGAUUCUACAACAGGAAACACCGUUCCUGUUUCCAAAAGAAAGCCACAACCUUCUACGAACAAUACGCUGUCGAACCUCCAUUCAACGAGCGUUGCUGCUUCAGUAAAAAGCAAGGUACUUCAAAGGACUCAUUCUCUUCAACUCAGCCCCGAGAAAAGACACGAUGCGCUGAAAAGGAUGCACAGUCUUUGGACAACAACUUCGCAGGAUUCAGACCUUAUCCCUAAUGGUAAAGCCACUCCUUGCAAAAGACCUUCUGUCGUAGAAGAAUCUUCAAAGGAUACCAGUCCGCUUUCUCCCCCUGCUGGAGCGAUGGCGUGGUCAACAGACACAAAUAACAACGAUCGAGGCCAAGGCAGGGGGACAUUGGUCAAGGAGCCCUCAACCGACAGGUCCUCAGACACCGAAUCCUGUGACGAUUCCGAUCCAUCAGAUACGCCAGACGAAGGGAGUGACAGAGUAAAAUUACUGAGGAAGAUGAACUCUGAAGGUAUGACGCCUCAAGACAUGACACCACUUAAAGACAGAACGAGCUCUUUGUCUGGAACGAGUGUCUCCAGUGAUUCAGCCGUUGGAACAAGUGACUGCUCCGCUUCGGUCCGUUUGCAAGAACUGGAGGCAGAACUCAUGUGCACGAAGUGCGACUUAGCGAAGGCCCUGAACCGUGAGUCCGCCUACAAGAGCAUCAUAGAAGAGAAAAUUUUACUAGUCAAUGAGCUGGAGGAUAGGCUUCGAUCAGCCGAAAACCCAGAUGGGGACGCCAUCUGGAAAUCACCUGUACAUAAAGGAAACAGUUCAAGUCUUCAGGAGAAGUGUCGCAUCUUACAGAACCACAACAGAUUUCUCAAUGAAGAAGUGCUAAAGUUGUCGAAGAUGCUGCAGCAAGAAAAAAAGAACACGGAACAUAAACAUCAGCAAAUGCGUCAGCUAGAAGCAGAGGUAGACCAACUGAAGAGAGACUAUGUUUUCCUCAUGCAGUCAUCUCUCAGAAUUAAUAACUCUGAUGGCCCAGAAACCAUGGAAGUCUACCUUUAUGGAGGAAAUAGACACAGAGAACGGGUUCUAUCCUUAUUAGAGGAAGCUAGAAAAAUAAAUCCUACGCUUCCCGUCUACGAAAAUUUAGCUCGUGGACUUGUUCAUGUGGAUGGCUUAGGAUUCCGUCGUAGCUAUGCUGAGGAAAGCCUCAUCGUGCAUUAUAUUUGUAGGCAGCUCCAUCAACAUUAUUCUGCCAUAGGGCCGCAGUACGAACAACAUCAACAGCAAUGGAAGAAAUACCUCCGGCAUCAUCCCACAUUGCCGACUUCGAAAGAGCUGAAGAAUCUAGUCCGAAAAGGAAUCCCUGCCCACUUACGUAGCCGUGUCUGGGCCACUCUAUAUCGAUCUCGGGUCAGUGACAUUAUGGAGAGUAAAGGCCCACAUUACUACAACUACCUAUGCAGCCUUGCACCAGAUGACGAGAGAGUUUCCCAACAUAAAAGACAAAUUGCUUUGGACCUUCUUAGAACAAUGCCCGAUAAUAUCCGGUUUGCAGAUUCCAAUGCUGAUGGGGUUCGUAAAAUGCAAGAGGUUCUUCAAGCAUUCUGCGUACACAAUCCAGCCUUAGGCUAUUGUCAAGGAAUGAACUUCCUUGUUGGAAUGUGCUUGCUAUUCCUAGAACCAGAAGAUGCCUUCUGGUGCCUAGUUGCUGUAACUGAACGUUACUUUACACCUAAUUACUUCGACCAGAACCUUAUUGGUGCUCAAGCCGAUCAAGAAGUUCUGAAGGAUCUGCUUCGAGAGAAAAUGCCGUUAUUGUGGCAACAUUUUGCCCAAUUAGAUAUAGAACUUUGUACGGUCACGCUGAACUGGUUUCUAGCUAUAUUCUUCGACUGUGUUCCUUUGGAG